GCGGAAGAAGGCACGGGGGUGACACUCUGGCUUCAGCGCCUCUACUCUCCUAUCCCGACUGACGUUGGACAACAAAGAUGGCGGCAGGAACCAGCAAUUACUGGGAAGAUCUCAGGAAACAGGCUCGACAGCUGGAAAAUGAACUUGACCUGAAACUGGUUUCCUUCAGUAAACUGUGUACGAGUUACAGUCACAGCAGUGCCCGAGAUGGAAGGCGCGACAGGUAUAGUUCUGACACAACACCCCUUUUAAAUGGAUCAAGCCAAGACAGGAUGUUCGAAACAAUGGCAAUUGAGAUUGAACAGCUUUUGGCAAGGCUUACAGGAAUAAAUGAUAAAAUGGCAGAAUACACCAACAGUGCAGGUGUCCCCUCCUUGAAUGCAGCUCUGAUGCACACACUACAGCGACAUAGAGACAUACUGCAGGAUUAUACACACGAAUUCCAUAAAACCAAAGCAAACUUUACAGCCAUACGGGAAAGGGAGAAUCUCAUGGGAUCAGUACGAAAGGAUAUUGAAUCAUAUAAAAGUGGGUCUGGAGUAAACAACAGAAGAACUGAACUAUUUUUGAAAGAACACGAGCACCUUCGAAACUCAGAUCGUCUGAUAGAAGAGACAAUAAGCAUUGCUAUGGCAACAAAAGAAAAUAUGACUUCACAGAGAGGAAUGUUGAAGUCGAUUCAGAGCAAAAUGAACACUUUGGCCAAUCGUUUUCCUGCUGUGAACAGCCUGAUCCAGCGAAUCAACCUUAGGAAGCGGCGAGACUCGCUCAUCCUGGGCGGUGUUGUCGGUGUCUGCACCAUCCUGUUGCUGCUGUACGCUUUCCAUUGACGGGGCGUCUCCAGGGACUCGCGGCAGCCGCCACUUUUGGGCCCUGAUCUGGAAUGAGGAAAAGUAGGAAGGAGACAUUGACGGUCCUGAUGAUUAGCCGGGCCGGCAGGGUUAUUCAGGACUGAUGCUGCUGGAUCUGUGACACAGGUUGAGCGGAAGCCAGUUUUUCUGUGCCGUUUUUUCUAACACACACUUCCUUCUGUUUUUAGUUUAAAAAAAAAAAGAAAAAUGAGGAAAAGUUUUGCGUUGCUUUUGUCUCCCCCAGAGGUAAGUAAACCAAGCAGAAAGAGCGUCUGUGCGUCAGCGAUAGUGUUGCAGGCCGACGACGGCCAGGUCUUAGGGCCAACUGACUCCUCAGAAAACCAAGUCUGUAUCUAAAGACUGCUCUCCUUUAGCUGCCAGAUUGGGUUGUGAAUAAAAACAGUUCUUGUCCUUUCAUUUUAUACUCAUGAUGAAAAAUCACAAGUCAUUUCUUGAUAAAUUUCUACUCUGUAUCCUCAACUCCUUUGGUAUUCAAGAAAAAUUCCAUUUUUCACAGAUUCUUUGAGAUGCUGACAGGCCAACUCUAACAGGGGAGGUGGUCUCAAGUGAGAAACACUUGCAAAGACGCAUUUUUCUUUCUUUUUUUUUAAUCAUGUGCACACUGGGGUGGGUUAACUAUUGCUGGAAAAAUAUCAGGAAUGACAGGCUUUUUUUUUAAGGAGUCAAUUAUUAUUUUGAUUUUUUGUUUAUUUCUUCAGUUGGGAUAACUUUUGCUAUAUGAGAAAGUGAAAUCUUAGUUCUCCCAGGACAGAAGAAGCUGCUAGCCGGUGUCGGUCGGCGCCCCCAGCCACUCCUCAAUGGGUCGGGAGGAGCGCCGAUGGCGGAGUGAGGGGCCGCGGGGUCCCCAGGGAGGUCUAGUAGUGAACAGGCCACCAGUUACGAGACAUUGAUUGAGGGGUCACCGUUCAGAUAAUUCCAUUUGUAAAUGCUCUACCAUUUAUGAGCAAAUGUUUUAAAAAUUACCACCUGAUGUAACAGGAAUUCUGUGUUCUGGGAAAAUCUCUUCAUUCCAAGUGUGUUAAGCUUUUCCAAACAUCCAGAGAAUAGUUUUGCUGUUGAAGACGCGCGUGUCAGAAUCUGUCUGUCUGCACCUGUCUUCUGUUACCGUCCCUGGGCAGUGACAGAACUUGAAACCACCUACCAAAUUCUUUUCAAGUUUAACCAUUUCUCAGUCUCCGUACGUUCAUUACUCGUCUAACCAAACUACCACAGAUAGUUUGAAGACUUCCAACAUCUACACUCCUCACCGAGAAAGAAGGCUGCUUUUCACCAUUGGAAUCUAGUAGAGUGUAUACAGCAUUGGCUCCAGACUGUGCCACCGGGAAUAAACGGAUAUUAACAUGUAGUUCUUGACUAUGUUCUAAUGUGUCGAUGGACUUGAUAUACAGGCUGGUGGGUAGACUGACCCAUGGUCUGAUACGGAGACUGAGAGGUUUUUCAUUCUGGUGUCAAAGUUUUAUUAUGUUCUGGGUAUGAAAGGCAUUUGAUGUAUUUUUUUAACUAUGGGUUUUAUUUUUCUAAAAUAAAAUAUGGGUUGAUUGAUCAGUAGUUGAUUGGGGAUGCCCUUAAAAGAGAGUAAGUUUUCCCAGUGCGAGCCUUCAAGGGUCAUGGAAGUCCAUUUAUUAAAUUCUCUGUUGGGAGGACAAAACUUUUCUCCCUGACACUUUAUUAUCUUUGAUUUUUCAAAGGGCCUUGAUUGGUGGUUGUACCUCAGCUAGAAUUUAUGGGACUUUGGUUGCGAUAUAGUUGGCAUUUAUAAAAUCUGAAGUACCAUAAAUAAAAUUAUUUAUUUAAUUAUA